UCUCUCUCUCUCUCUCUCUCAACAGAAAUGUCUGUUACCUCUUCAUUGCACUACAAACGACUUGCAUUUCUCCUCUCCUUCAUUUUCUUAUACCAACCAAAGCUAAUGGCCGCCCGCGACAACAACAAUAAGUGGAAAAUCAGGUCGGCAGGCAGCAUCGGCGCCAUCAUAGACUCCACGACUCGACCUGGAAAAGAAGAGAAGAUUGCCAUCGAGAUGGCCAUCAGAGACUUCUUCCGCUCCACGGGUUUUAAAGCAACAGUGCACAUAAGAGAUUCUAAAGGCGAUCCGGUUCAGGCAGCCACCAUGGCAAUGGGCCUCAUCAACGAUCAGCACGUGCAAACAAUCCUUGGCCUGCACACGUGGGAGGAGGCGAUGUUUGUGGCCCAGCUCGGUGCAAGAUCCAACAUACCAAUUCUUUCCUUAGCCGAGGAUGCCCCACAUUCACCCGCUCCCCAACCAUUCCUAGUUCAAAUGGCCCCAAAUCACCGGUCCCAAAUGCAAGCUGUGGCCAUCCAGCGACGCAGCAGCAACAGCAACAGAUCGGGCGACGUUGGGGGUGGUCGGAUCUUCAACAGGAGUGGUCGGACGGGCAGGGGGUGGUCGGAUGCGCAACAGGGGGUGAUCGGACAAUUAGCAGGGGGCAGUCGGAUGCACAGGGGGUGGUCGGACGCGCAGGGGGUGGUUGGACGAACAGUCGGACGCGCAGGAGGUGGCCGGAUCUGCAACAGGGGACGUUCGGAAGAGCAGGGGAUAGUCGGAUCUGUAAUAGGGGCGCGGGACGAGCAGCAGAUGGUGCUUGGACGAGCAGAGGGAUGA